CCUCCCUCCAUUGUCCAUUUCGCAAACACCGAUAAGUUCAACAAUCACAAACACCGCGUUGUGUCUACUCCAAACCUCGCUCGUCGGGGCUAUUGCUGGGCGGCCCAUUAAAAGCAGACCCCCUUCGCUCUCGUAGAAACGGCUAAUCGUCAGAGUCGCCCAACGCUAAGUUCCAAUGCCCGUAGCAAGAAGAACCAGUCACGACACGCGCCCAACUAUCCUUUCACAACCGUAGUUUGAUCCACUCCCGAAUAUUAGGCCAGAUCUCGAAUCGCGACCAGAUAUUGUUGCUCGAAGCCCACAAUGGCACCUCAGGCAGGUGCCAACGGUGUAUUGCCCGCCAGCGUGCUGCAGAAGAACGCACCAACCCCCGCGCCCCGCGGUCCUAAAGCGGCUUCACCACGACUCAAACUUGUUCUUCGACGAUUACCACCGGGCCUUACUAAGGCUGAACUUGACCAAAUCUUAGGGGAUGAGUGGAAAGUAGGAGGUGGAAAGAUAGAUUGGCUGUCGUUCAGAGAGGGCAAGAUUUCAAAAGAUCUUGCUAAGCCAUCCAGGCCGGCCAGAGCAUACAUACAUGUAACCUCACAUACAAUAGUCCCGAUACUCGGAGAUCAUGUUCGGUCGCUUACUUUCCACGAUGCUGCCAAAUCGUUCCAGGAUAACGCGCUCGUGGGCCCCCCAGCACUUGAAUUCGCCCCUUUCCACAAACUCCCCGCUGGCAAGAAGAAGCAGGAUAAUCGUCAGGGAACUAUCGACCAGGACCCCGAUUUCCAGGCCUUUUUGGUGAGCCUCACCAACCCGAUCGCCAAACCUAUCGCAAAUGAGAGCGAUGAUAAGAAGGAUGGAAAGGUUACCACGACUCCAUUGAUCGAAGCCCUGAGAGAAAAGAAGGCGAACAAGGAGAAGCCGCAGACAAAGUCCGGAAAGCAUGGACGUGGAGAAGCGAAAGAAGAGACGGAAAAGAAGAUUUUGAGCAAGGGCAAAGAUGCAGGAAAUGCUUUAGGAGAUAAGUCAAGGAGAGCUACCAAAGCUGAGAAGGCCGCGGCUGCAAAGGAAUCUGUCAAGAUACUCAACAAGGCGGCUGGAUCAUCCAAGGACGCUUCCACAGACAAGGCGGCUGCUUCUCCAGCUCCUGAGCGGAAGAGAGGAAAUGCGAGUAUCGCGAAAUCAAUCAUACAGCGCGAUCUUGGUGGAGGUGCUCCUAGCACACGUAGACGAGGAACAAAGCGAGAGACUCCUUCCUCAACCCAAGAUGCGCCAGCUCAAACAGGAGAGCCAGCAGCCGGGAAGCAGAAGGCGAAAGAUAUUCAAGCUGCUCCCGCGUCGACCAGCAACAAUACCACGGAGAAAGCAGCCAGUUCGUCAUCUAAGAAAGAGCGUCCCUCUCGUGCCGAACGACGUGCAUUCAAAGCAUCUUUGGCGGACAAGACUAAUACCAAGAACGCGGAGCAGGAAUCGGAGCCCCAGAGCAAGGCUGCUGCACCAGCACCAAAAGCAAUUCUCAAGAAGACCCAACCCGCCCAGAUUCCUGCUGCAGUCAAGGGGCCAGCGACAUCCCGUAGUGUUCCUACAGAGCCUGCCGCCGCCCGAGCUGCGUUGGCGAAGAAUGAUGCCAACACGCGCCAACAGAAUGCUUCCCCAGCGCAGCCAACUCCUGCAGCAACCUCACGUCAAGCUUUCCUCAAGCACGCUAAUCCAUCACAAGGCAUCACCGAACCCCUCAUUGAAGAGGCCCUCAAGAUCUUCGGAAGAAUUGAGAAAGUGGAAAUCGACAAGCGCAAGGGCUUUGCCUAUGUGGACUUUUCCGAAACUGAAGCUCUCAAGAAGGCCAUCUCUGCAAGCCCUAUCAAGGUUGCUCAAGGAGCUGUCCAGGUCCUUGAGCGAAAGGAGAAAGCUACUCGAGCACCGCCUACAGGGCCCGCUCGGGGCCGGAGCAGCUUUCCGAACCGUGGACGGGGACGUGGUGGAGCAAGAGGCGGUGCAGCUGCCACCCCAUCUACCUCUGCACCGACUCCUACGACGGCACCUACGACUUGAAUACUGAUAACAGUUAUGGCUUUUCAAACUGAUGGCAUGAACAAUCCGCUCCCACGAGCAGCAUAGAUAUCCGAGUUUUCUUUUCAGCAUGAGAUUACGACGAAUCAAUGCACGCCACCUUAGUCGCCGGACUGUCAAUUCAGAUGCCACGAUAAUGGCUACUGCAAUCGAAAGCUUACUACAGUACUGCGAUCCUACUGGCCAGAAGGGAAGUGGAACAUGGAUAGCCGAGUCAUCGCUUAACAAAGAAGCAUUUCAACGUGCCUGAACAUAUCUUCGAUCGUUCGGGCGAAUUCCAAUGGAGAAUUCCGCCGUUCCUGGUGGGUGAAGCAACAGACAAAGUUUGCUCUGCAAGCAUAGCAGACAUAAUUAGUCAAAGUCAUAUAGCUUUGUAUGCUCCUUCAAGCAUCUGCCAUAUGGUGAUCUGCUUGUGAUCCAUAUGGCUAAUACACCCAAGACACUCAAAAUUGCUGUUUCACUUGAACGUAGAC